AUGACGCAUCGGGAGGCGGCCGUGGAGCCGCGCGGGGCCGGGCAGAGCUCGCAGGCGGAGCUGGCAGCCGAGAUCCAGCCCUUUACCCAGUUCCUGCAGCUCUCCACCUGCUCCGAGCGGCUCCUGGUGCGUUUCUGCUCCUGGCUGCUGGCGCUCAGCCCCGAUCUCAGCCACGCCAGCGCGGCCGUCCUGGCCGAGCAGCUCUUCCUCGCGCGGGUCCUGGCGCUCGCCCAGCCGCCCUCCCGCCACCUCAUGGCCGCCCUGGCUUCCUUCUGCUCCAAGUACGCGCGGCCGUUCUGCCGCGCGCUGGUGGCUCCGAUCCUGCGGGAGCCCGCGGCAGCGUCUGAGCAGACCAAGCUGGUGUGUGAGCUGGUGGAGGAGUGCCUGGAGCCCGAGUACGUGAGGCUGGUGUUGAGCCAGGUCCUGGAGAUGCCCUUGUCGGAGCGGCUGCUGCCGGUGGUGCAGGCGGUGCUGGCGAGGCAGGAGGCGCUGCCCCCCGAGCUCCUCGAGCUCCUGGUGCUCGCCCUGUGCCGGCAGGCGCCAGACUUCGCCGCGUCCCUGAAUUACGCCAAGCUGGUGACGGCCGUGCUCACCUUGUACCAAAGCCACGUGAGUGUCACCAGUAGCUAA